AUGGCUCUUUCCACUACUGACACGUCCUUGGCGGGCGUUGGCUUUAUUGGCCUCGGGGCCACGGGUUUCCGGAUGGCCGAGCAACUCAUCCAGGGCGGCCGCUAUGGCGUAUGGGGCUUUGACGCCGAUCCGUCCAGCAUGGCGCAGCUCUCUGUGCGUGGAGGGCAUGCUGGCACUUUGCCAAAGCAGGUCGCAGAGCACUCUCGCUUCUUGGUUUGCACUGUGGCCAGCGAAGAGCAACUAGGCGACGUAUUGUUCAAUAACGAAACCGGGGCGCUUCUAGCUUUGCCAAAGAGUGCCACUAUCCUCAUCUGCUCGACAAUCCCCCCCACUUUCUACGACGGACUCCAAUCUCGGCUUACGCUCCACGGCAGACCUGAUGUGCAUGUGGUGGACUGCCCCAUUUCUGGGGAUGCCAUCAUCGCCUCGGGCACUGCAGAGGCCCUCACAGACGCAGACGGCUUGCUGCGCAGCAUAUCAGCAAAUUUGCACGUGAUCACGGGGGGGCUUGGCACGGCGAGCAAGGUCAAGUUGGUCCACCAGCUGCUGGUCGGCACACAUGUUGCUGCAGCUGCCGAGGCCAUGGCUCUGGCUGCCAAAGCCGGUCUGGACACCCGUGAGGUAUACGACAUCAUCAUCACGGCGGCCGGAAAUUCAGGGGCCUUUGAAGAUCGGGUACCGCGUAUGCUCGAUUCGAACUGGACGACUGUCUCUGCUUUGGAUACGUUUGUCCAGGAUAUGGGAGUUGUAGUCUCGACUGGUCGCAGUCUCGGCUUCCCUCUUCCCCUGGGAUCCACAGUCGAGCAGCUGUAUAUUGCCGCCUCUGCAGCCGGCUACGGAAGAGAAGAUGAUGCUGGACUGGUGCGCAUGUUUUUGCCACAAACACCGGAUGCGGUUCACAAAAGCAGCAGCGCUCCAGGCGGCCGCAGACAACUGGUUCCAGCUACGUCUGGCUGCCAGAUCAGAAAGAUCGGCAUGAUCGGCCUCGGUGCCAUGGGCCAGGGCAUGGCCGCAUCGCUGCUUCGUGCUGGAUAUGCAGUCCACGGCUUCGAUAUCUUCCCUGCGGCCGUUGACAAAUUCUUGGCACAUGGGGGUCAGGGCACUCGGGCAGACUGCCCAGCUGCAGCUGCACGGGACGCCAACGUCGUCAUUCUCAUGGUGCAGAAUGCACUUCAAGCCGAGGAUGUUCUCUUUGGGUCGGGAGAGGUGGUCAAGUCGCUUCCCGACGGUGCUGUUGUGAUCCUGAGUUCUACUGUGCCGCCGCACUUUGUCCGUGGCCUGCAGGAGAGGCUUGAUGGCCUGAACAGGGGCAUCUCUCUCCUCGAUGCACCCGUCAGUGGAGGUGUGGCACGAGCUGCGUCUGGAAACCUUACAAUCAUCUGCUCAGGAAACGAAUCCGUCGUGUGCCAGAUCUACAGUCUUCUUAUGGCCAUGACAGGAACCGAGGACAACCUACGGUUCGUGCAAGGUGGCGUUGGUGCAGCUUCGUCCGUCAAGUGUGUCAACCAGCUUCUUGCCGGUGUUCACAUUGCAGCAGCAGCCGAGGCUAUGGCCCUCGCGUCUCGUCUGGGCCUCGAUAUGAGGUCUGUCUACGAGAUUGUGAGUAGCUCGGCUGCCUGCAGCUGGAUGUUCGUCAAUCGUGUACCACAGAUUCUGGACAACGACUGGACUCCGCACUCUGCUCUGGCCAUCUUUGUCAAAGACCUGGGUAUUGUGUUGGAGGAAGGCAAGCGCCUUGGCUGCAUCUGCCCGGUCUCUGGUGUGGCACACAACUUGUACAUCGCAGGUGCUGCGCAUGGACUCAGCCGCGAGGCAGAUAUCGGACUUGUUCGCUUGUGGACGCCGGCAAGAGAUGUAUCUGUGGCGAAGGGCCUCCCAGAGGAGCCAGAGCCGAAGUGCAUUCCCCUGCAAGAAACUCUGAAGAGCCUGCCUGCGGAAACCAUGGAUGAUGCGCUCGGUGACAUUCGGACGAUCGUGCAGAACAGAGAGGUUUCCACCCUUGUCGUGCUCGACGAUGAUCCCACUGGCACUCAGACAUGUCAUGAUGUCAAUGUCCUCCUGGUGUGGGACGACCAGACGCUGGACGAUGAGUUCGAGCGAAACCCCACCGGAUUCUUCAUCCUCACCAAUUCUCGUGCGCUUCCAUCUGCUGCUGCCCGCAGCCUCCUGUUCGAGAUUUGCGGUCAGGUAAAACGUGCCGCAGAAAGAGCCGCAAAGACGGUCGACAUUGUCCUCCGAGGAGACUCAACCCUGCGUGGCCACGUUCUCGAGGAGAUACAGACUGUCGAGGAGGUUAUGGGGCCCUUUGACGGCUGGGUCAUAUCCCCGUUCUUUUUUCAGGGAGGGCGAUACACCAUUGACGACAUCCACUACGUUGCCGAAGGAGAAAUGCUCGUGCCCGCAAGCCAGACUCCGUUUGCUCAAGAUGCAACCUUUGGUUACAAAAACUCUAAUCUGAGAAAGUACAUUCUGGAAAAAUUCCCUUCACAGCUCAACGAAUCUUCUCCUUUCCUCUCCAUCACGAUUCAAGAUAUACGGGUCGGUGGCCCAACGGCCGUGAUGCAAAAACUGCUAGCCGUUCCUCCGAAAACAAAACCGGUCAUCAUUGUCAACGCAGCAGCAGAAACGGACAUGCAUGUUCUUGUCUCUGGUCUCCUUGCGGCUGCAAAGACUGGAGGCAAGCGCUACCUAUAUCGUGUGGGCGCUGCCUUUGUGUCGUCUCGUCUAGGAAUUCCCCCAAUUUCCCCUCUCGGUCUUUCAGACCUUGUGGGCCCAGUAGAACCAGGCCAUCCCCCAGCUUCGGCAACAGGUGGUCUGAUUGUUUGUGGCUCUUAUGUGCCCAAGACGACGGCCCAACUGAAAGUUCUGCUAGAGAAAAGGGGACACGACCUUGCAGUCAUCGAGCUCAAUGUCAACACCUUGGUGGGAGACGUCGAAGAAGCCGAGUCUGCAGUGGUCAAGGCUGCUGAAGAGGCAACACGCACGAUCAGCCAGGGUAAAGACGUCCUUGUAAUGACGUCUCGGGCUCUGAUCACUGGCACAGAUGCUCUUGGCAUAGGAUCCAGGGUGGCAGCUAGCCUCGUUCGUGUUGUUGACAGCAUCAGAGUGCGGCCGCGAUACCUGAUUGCAAAAGGAGGCAUCACGUCUUCAGAUGCGGCCAGCAAGUCUCUCCUCAUGCGGCGGGCUCGUGUCCUAGGCCAAGCCGUCCCGGGGGUGCCGAUCUGGAGGUGUGACGAGGACACAAGCCGAUUCCCGGGCAUUCCGUACGUAGUAUUCCCGGGAAAUGUUGGGCGUGACGACACUCUGGCAGUGCUGGUAGCAGAUUGGGCAGCGUAG